AUCAUCAAAAUUAAAAGAAAUAAACAUUUGAAAUAUAUCAGUUUGUGUGUAAUGAAUGAAUAUAAUAUACAAGUUUCACUUUUUGAAUGGAAUUAGUGAAAUAAAUCAACUUUUUGAUGAUAUUCUAAUUAUAUGACCAGCACCUGUAAAUGUUUUGUGUUUCUAACAAGAUUCGAGUGAAAAGCAGAAGAGCAGUUGGAAGUUGCCAUGGACCAGGAUUGCAAGUUGAAGCUUGGAGACCUCAUUGAGAUCUUCAGAAACGGAUAUGAGCACUGGGUGAUUUAUGUUGGAGAAGGAAAUGUGAUUCACCUGGUCAAAAACCCUGAUCAUUCGGACACUGGAGCUACAGUGAAGAAAGAAAAACUGCGGGAUGUGGUUGGCUAUGAUGGUUACCGUAUCAACAAUCAUCUGGAUGACCAAUAUGAGCCACAUCCCCUUGAAGAUAUUCAGCGGAGAGCAGAAAGUUUUGAGGGAAAGGCAUUUCCAUAUAAUGUGCUAAAAAGCAACUGUGAGCAAUUCGUUACGCUGUUGAAAUACGGAAAGCCACAAUCCCAGCAGGUGCAACAUGGAAAGGACAUUCUUAUUGCUGGUCUUCUUACUGCAGCAGGUGUCUUUGGAAGCCUUCUUCUAGGAACUUUAACAAAAAAACUCAAUCAGGAUCAAUAAACAUGGAAAUGGGAAAUUAAGAAAAAUCAGCUCCUCCAACAUUGCAAUUCAUCAAUGAAGCUCCUCCCAUCAUCAGUGAAGCUUCUCCCACUGUUCAGCAAUAAAUGCUGGACGAUUCCCAUCAGAGCAUCAGGAAGAGCUGAAAUCUGAUCCAAGACUGAGUUUAUUAAAGAGGACAGAGAGAAGAUGAGAGAUCCAGAGCCCUGCAGAAUCAAACACACUGAAGAUACUGAACAACAAACAGGUUGCAGCUUGCCCCAUCCAGUGACCCAGCUCUCUGUACCUGUAACAAAUGUACUGUUAACAGCAGCCAGACAGACCGGCCGAAUGUAAUCAGAGAAAUUCACAGAGGAGGA